GUGUCCCCCCUCCUACCCGUCCUCUCCAUCCGCGCAUAGCAGCCCGCGCGGAUGCUGCGUCCAAGGUCCUCAGCGCGCAGCUCAGCAAGGGGGCUCUCAUCACAUCGCAUAUAAAUCCAAAAUAUCGCAUCGCCACGCUCAACCACAUCUUUGAUUUACACUUUUAAGAAUAAGAGCAACAGCUGUUUCUUUAACAGCGAUCACAAUUCUUGUCGCUUUUUUAACAGUGCUGGAGCAGUCAUCCUAAUGCUAUGUCUUCAUCUUUUAUAUUUUCCCUCUGCGGAACCUCAGUCUAACCAGGCAACAACUGCACUGUUUUAGGAUCAGAUUUCCUAUCCACACUAAAACACUGCUGAACAUCUUGAUGGCAAAGGACUACAUGACAGGAAAAUACUAGGUAAUUUAGGUCGCCACUUAUUUAUUUUAUCUUUAUUUAUCUGAGACAGAACUCAGGAAUUUCCUUUUACUCCAGCAAAACGCGUCGAUGUCCUUGGAGCAUGGCCUGGCGUACUCCCCCAUGCCACCACGCUGCACCCUCUGACCCCUGACCCCUGACUCCUGCACUCCGGGGCCGUGUCUUCUCCGUGAACCCACCUUGUGCCCUUCCCCCAGGCUCUCCCCUGCUCUCUCCUCUCCAUCCCUGAUGGAUUGGGAGCGUCCAGAUCCCUCGUUCUGUUGACCCUCCAUCAGAGGGGGUAGAGUGGAGUGGGCAGGAUUCGCUUUCUUGUUUUUUCCCCGCUCAACCAGCAAGCGUUUUUGCCCCUGUUGCCGUGCCCCCCUCCGCUGAUGGAGAGCUAGAGGCACGGCCGCUAGAGUGGGAGGGAGAGGAGAGGGGGUGAGGAAAACCGAGCCACGCGCGACCCAACGCAGCCAGACGAGAAGCUCCACAACUCGAGUUCCCUCCUUCGCCAGCGACUGAGGUGGAGUCUCAGCGUGCUCUACAGAUCUGGACAGGAAGAAGCCCAAGUGCAGAUAAGGUCAACGGCCAGCCGCCCAAAAACUCAAAAUGUCCACAACGGCGACGAUAGGCGAGAUGGCGAACAGUGCGGUGGAGUUCUACCCGAAGCGGGCUGGUGGCAGGGCAGAAGCCAACCAUUCGGGCCCCUUCGGCGUGACACUUGAGGAGCUGCGCUCUCUGAUGGAGCUCAGGGGGAUGGAGGCUGUGCAGAAGAUCCAGGACAACUACGGAGACACAGAAGGCCUCUGCCAGAGACUCAAGUCUUCCACCACAGAUGGUUUGUCGGAUAAUGCAGCAGACUUGGAGAAGCGGGCGCAGGCGUUCGGACAGAACUUCAUCCCCCCAAAGAAGCCCAAAACCUUCCUGCAACUGGUGUGGGAGGCUCUGCAGGACGUUACCCUCAUCAUCCUGGAGAUAGCCGCCAUCAUCUCGCUGGGCUUGUCCUUCUACCAGCCCCCGUCAGAGGAGGGCGAGGCGUGUGGUAAUGUGUCGGGCGGCAUGGAGGAUGAGGGGGAGGCAGAGGCCGGCUGGAUCGAGGGCGCCGCCAUCCUGCUGUCGGUCAUCUGCGUGGUGCUGGUGACGGCCUUCAACGACUGGAGCAAGGAGAAGCAGUUCCGCGGGCUGCAGAGCCGCAUCGAGCAGGAGCAGCGCUUCGCCGUGGUCCGCAACAGCAACGUCAUCCAGAUCCCCGUGGCCGACAUGGUGGUGGGCGACGUGGCCCAGGUCAAAUACGGUGACCUCCUGCCCACUGAUGGUGUCCUGAUUCAGGGCAACGACCUGAAGAUUGAUGAAAGCUCCCUGACCGGGGAGUCGGACCACGUGCGCAAGUCAGUGGACAAGGACCCUAUGCUUCUCUCUGGCACCCAUGUGAUGGAGGGAUCUGGACGGAUGUUAGUCACUGCGGUCGGCGUGAACUCUCAGUCUGGAAUCAUCUUCACUUUGCUGGGUGCUGGCGAGGGGGAGGAGGAGAAGAAGGAAAAGAAAGAAGACAGUAAUUUCUUACUCACUACUGAAGCCACCCAGAGCCCCAUCACUAAUGGCAAGCAGCCAGAGGCAGCAGUGGAGACCAAUCAGAAUAAAGCCAAGAAGCAGGACGGCGCAGUCGCCAUGGAGAUGCAGCCGCUGAAAAGCGCAGAGGGUGGCGAGGUGGAGGAGAGGGAGAAGAAGAAGGCCAACGUGCCGAAGAAGGAGAAGUCUGUCCUGCAGGGGAAACUCACCAAGCUGGCCGUGCAGAUUGGAAAAGCGGGUCUGGUGAUGUCGUCCAUCACAGUGAUUAUCUUGGUGCUCUACUUUGUGAUUGAAACCUUUGUGGUGCAGCAGCGGAGCUGGUUGCCUGAAUGCACGCCUGUAUACGUGCAGUAUUUUGUCAAGUUCUUCAUUAUCGGAGUCACCGUGCUGGUGGUGGCCGUGCCUGAGGGCCUUCCCCUUGCUGUCACCAUCUCCCUAGCCUACUCAGUAAAGAAAAUGAUGAAGGACAACAACUUGGUGCGCCACUUGGAUGCCUGCGAGACCAUGGGCAACGCCACUGCUAUCUGCUCGGACAAGACCGGCACCCUGACCACCAACCGUAUGACCGUGGUGCAGGCCUACGUGAACGACCAGCACUUCCGCGAGGUCCCCGACCCCAGCCAGAUCAACCCCAACACCCUGGAGAUGUUAGUCAGCGCCAUCGCGAUCAACAGCGCCUACACGUCCAAGAUCAUGGCUCCUGAUGUGGAAGGUGGCCUGCCUAAGCAGGUGGGCAAUAAGACCGAGUGUGGCUUGCUGGGUUUCAUCUUGGAUCUGAAGCAACACUACGUUCCCAUCCGCGAGCAGAUCCCUGAGGAGAAGCUCUACAAGGUCUACACCUUCAACUCCGUCCGCAAAUCCAUGAGCACUGUGGUGCAGCUGCCUGAUGGCAACUUCCGCCUCUACAGCAAAGGAGCCUCUGAAAUCCUCCUGAAAAAGUGUUCAUCCAUCCUGGGGGAGGGUGGCGAGGCCCGGAGUUUCAGGCCGCGUGACAGGGACGAGAUGGUGAAGAAGGUGAUCGAGCCCAUGGCGUGUGAGGGCCUGCGCACCAUCUGCAUUGCCUACCGCGACCUCGCCGGUGAGCCGGAGCCUGACUGGGACAACGAGGCAGAAAUCGUCACCGAGCUCACCUGCAUCACCGUGGUCGGCAUCGAGGAUCCCGUCAGGCCUGAGGUCCCUGAGGCCAUCCGGAAGUGUCAGAGGGCAGGCAUCACUGUGCGCAUGGUCACCGGCGACAACAUCAACACAGCACGCGCCAUCGCCUCCAAGUGUGGCAUCAUUCUGCCUGGCGACGACUUCCUGUGUCUGGAGGGCAAAGACUUCAACCGACGAAUAAGGAACGAGAAAGGGGAGAUUGAGCAGGAGAGAAUCGAUAAGAUCUGGCCCAAGCUGAGAGUCCUGGCUCGCUCCUCCCCCACUGACAAACACACUCUGGUUAAAGGCAUCAUCGACAGCACUGUGAUGGAGCAGAGGCAGGUGGUAGCCGUGACAGGCGACGGGACCAAUGACGGGCCUGCUCUUAAGAAAGCAGAUGUGGGCUUUGCCAUGGGCAUAGCUGGUACUGAUGUAGCUAAAGAGGCCUCUGACAUCAUACUGACUGAUGAUAAUUUCACCAGCAUUGUGAAGGCAGUUAUGUGGGGGCGGAAUGUCUAUGACAGCAUCUCGAAAUUCCUGCAGUUUCAGCUUACUGUCAACGUGGUGGCUGUCAUAGUAGCCUUCACUGGAGCCUGUAUCACACAGGACUCUCCUCUGAAAGCAGUGCAGAUGUUAUGGGUGAACCUGAUCAUGGACACGUUCGCGUCCCUUGCUCUGGCCACCGAGCCACCCACAGAAGCCCUACUGCUGAGGAAACCCUAUGGCCGAAACAACCCCCUCAUCUCCCUCACCAUGAUGAAGAACAUCCUGGGUCAUGGAGUCUACCAGCUCGUCAUCAUCUUCACCCUGCUCUUUGUCGGAGAGAAGAUCUUCAACAUCGACAGUGGCCGCAAUGCCCCGCUGCACUCGCCCCCAUCUGAGCACUACACCAUCAUCUUCAACACGUUCGUGCUCAUGCAGCUCUUCAAUGAGAUCAACGCACGCAAGAUCCACGGCGAGAGGAACGUCUUCGACGGCAUCUUCUCCAACCCCAUCUUCUGCAGCAUCGUGCUAGGCACCUUUGGUGUGCAGAUCGUGAUCGUACAGUUUGGAGGGAAGCCCUUCAGCUGCGCCCCUCUCAACAUGGAGCAGUGGUUGUGGUGCAUGUUCGUGGGAGUGGGAGAGCUCCUGUGGGGCCAGGUCAUUGCCACGGUACCCACCAGCCACCUGAAGUGUCUGAAAGAGGCAGGCACUGGGCCAGGCACGGACGAGAUGACAGAGGAUGACCUGGCCGAGGAUGAGGAGGAGAUCGACCAUGCUGAAAGAGAGCUGCGCAGAGGCCAGAUCCUCUGGUUCAGAGGGCUCAACCGCAUUCAGACUCAGAUGGAGGUAGUGAGUACGUUCAAGAGAAGUGGUUCGUUUCAGGGCGCAGUGAGGCGGCGUUCUUCUGUGCUCAGCCAGCUCCAUGAUAUGCGGGUGGUGAAAGCGUUCCGUAGCUCACUCUAUGAUGGCAUUGAGAAGCCCGAGUCCAGGAACUCCAUCCACAACUUCAUGGUGCAUCCCGAGUUUCUCAUCAAUGACUUUGUCCACAACAUCCCACUGAUCGACGACACAGACAUUGACGAUGAAUCAGAGCUGUCCAAGUACAACCACCACCUGCACCCUGCGCUCCGCAAGCCUCCGCCUCCUCCGGUCCAAACCCAGCAGCGUUCCCGCCCACCACUGCGUCCCUACCGCCAGUACAGCCUCCCUGCCACACCCAACUGCAACAACAAUGCCAUCAAGAGCAGCAUCCACCUCCUGACCCACCCCACAGACUACACUGGACACUGGACCUCCCCUUCCCGACAGAUGUGCCCCCUUCUCAGCCUGGAGACCUCACUAUGACUGUCUGUGCUUUGGAGGAAGGGCACCUGCAAGACUUUGAGGAUACGGACACAUAAGCCGCGAGAACUGGAAGUGGUGGAGGAGUGGGCGGCUCCUCUGGACACAGCAUUGUGUGCGCUUACCCACCCCAGCCAAUAAAAAAAAAUAGACAAGCUCCACUGAAUCGUCACCUCUCGCUAUUACCACCGCCAACCACUAAAGCAACAUGAGUCCUUACGUCUUUACAGCCCCACAGACACCCCCUCCUCUCACUCUGUGAAGGGGAGACCAGAGUGUCGUGUGCCUGUGAUAACUGAGACUGGGCCUAGGAAGGUGAGAAUGCAUCCCCAUUGGAGGGAGGGGGGUAAUUUCAUAUGGGACUUUUAAUGGUAAAUCCAUGUUUGUCACUUUUGACUUUCCAGAGUGCAAACACACUAUGAGCGCCCUGCAGGCAGAGUAGGGGUCAAAUCACUCCAUUUUUUAUUGAUGUUAUUAACAUCAUUGUCAUAACUACUUCUACAACCUUAUUAUUAUGACCGUCAUCAUUCGUGCACAGAUUAUUGUCAUUAUGUUUGGAAAUACAAUUUUUAUUACUAUAUAACUAAUGCUAUAUGGAUGAGCUUUAACAACAACAUUUAUUUAUUUAUAUAUCUAUUUAUUUAUUUACUUAGUUACUUUUUAUUUUCGCCCACUCCGCAACAUUUUUUUCAUUCUUGCUUUGUCUGUUUCUCUCUCUUUGUGUGUGUAUGUGUUGUGUCUGUCCUAAAAAAGAAAAAAAUACAAAAAUAAGUACUAACAAUACAAAGUUACAAUAAAUUUAAACUUAAAAGUAAAAUAAAUUAUAAUGCAUCUGCAAAUAGCAAAACAAAACAAAACAUUACUGCCAUUUAUUCUUCUAUUAGAUCAAGUUACAUUCAUUGAAAAUUUAUUUUGCAAGAUUUUGCUCAAGAUUUUAUUGUUGAUGCCUGUUGUCUGAGGUCAAUUGCUAAACUCACAAAGGAAGUAAGGUUUGUUUGAACUAAAAGCCAUUCUUAUGAUUUCAUAAUAUUUCAAACAUCUAAAUGUACUGGUUGAAAUAUGCUACUGGGUAGAUCAUUUCAAUGACCUUUCCAUUAAUGUGUAACAGCUGAUAUGAUGACUUUUAUAUCAGUACAGGCCUUAUGAUCCUUUCAGUGAUCACACUGGCUGAUUUACCACAGCUGAAAAUGGAUGUGGAUUUGCCCAGUCUCAGCAUUCCAUAGCAUUAUCAGGACUGUUAGUUCAGUUUCCAUGUUUUGCAAAUUACACGAACAAAAUGCAUUUACCCUUUAAAGCAUUGUUACAUAAUAUGAUUCGCUCAUAACCUAAACAUACUUGCUGGCCCUUUAAAUUCAUUCAUAGCCACUCAUGGUUUUGGACAUUGGUAUAUUUUUUUGUUGAUGUCAACUAGGGGUAAAUGUUUGUGAAGAAGUCAAACGUGACUGCAGACUGUGGUUUCAGUGAAUGAAACCAGGACAGGAAAUCCUGUCCUAUACUGCCAGUAUUUUCAUCAUGUAACUAAUAUCAAAGAAAUGAAUGAUGGACAAUCUGUGACAUCGCUUUUGCACAUUAUCAGGGCUCACUGGUUUAGACAAACAGUUUAAAGGUGAAACAACCCUGUGGUCACCAGUAGACUUUGACAAAAUGCAAGUACACUGUUUUGCAUAGUGAUGGGUCUCUUUUGGUAUCAUAAAUGGGAUACCAAAAACUUGAAUGCUGCCCAGCACACAUAACGUACCAUACCACUGCAUGCAUGAUGUACCAUGAUACAUUGUAGAACAUUAGCUUCGAGUACAUUCCAUUCCAACACUCCAUAGAUUUGAAUACUAGAAGGGAUAACAUCUUGUACACCAUUCUGGGUUGGUAUAUCCAAGAUCAUAUUACUAUAGUCAAUGCAUUGCAAUGCAAUACAAUCAUCUGGGGAAUUGGACCGGCACUUAUGCAACAGACUGCCCUGUCCACAGCUCUGUGUAAUAAGCUUGACAACAUGUACAUAAGGCUCUCAGAAAUCCUUUAUCUGUAUAGAAUACUUUUCUAGAGUGCCCAGUUGUCAUAGACUGGCAAAUGUUGAAAGCAUACAAUGCAAGCAUGAACAUCGAUGGAACAUCAUGUCAUUGCAUUGCUCGUGGUGUCUGUGCAGAGCAUGUGUUGAUAUCAUAGCGCAGCUUGUUGCCAUUGUUUGACUUCACCUUUGUCUAUUGAUAGUCCAUUUCCACUAGUUUUCACUGUGUCUUCAGCAGUAGGUGGAUAUACAUUUCUCCUUACGGUCAUUUAUGUGCUGCUGCCUGCUAAUAUUCACUAGUUCCUUGGCCCUUUUCCCCCAUAUGGCUACAAAAUAGUGUCUUGGAUUGGAGUAGUGCCUCACUGCCACUCUUGCUGAUUAAAAUGAGUGAUUAAAAUGGGUGGUCUAUCCUGCACUGAUCAGGACUUUGGAGUUGAUGUCCUGUGGAUAACUCUGAGAAUACCAAUGAAGAACAUUAGGACACAGCUUAGUGAGAGACAUUUCUUCCACCCAUUUCAAACACUGCAGAGGUAAAAGUGAUGGCUCUUUAUGUGUGUCAAAACCACUGAAAGGCUCUAUGUUACUCCCAGUCCCAGUCCCAGUGGAGUCUCAUGUACUGAGAGCGCUGGUAGGUUUUGAAGGAACAUGGAGUCAUUCAGUGCACUGACACAACUCACUAAUAUGAUGGCCCACAAGGGUAGAAAUGAUGAAACUGAACUUGUUCAACCCAUAAAUAUGUAUUUUGCCUAACUUUAUCUAAUCUUAAAUGAAUCUUAACUGUAUCAAAAUAGUCUCCAAAGCUAUAUUUGUCUCUGAAUUAUUUUAAACCUGAAUAUCUAAGUUGUAGACCCCUUAUCCGACUUCCCAGAAAUAUAUACUGGUACUUGUAUGGUAUUGCUCCUUCAACUUCACCUAUCAGCAGUUUUACCAAGGCUCAUGAUUCUGAUAGAGUUGAAGGUAUAUAUAUAUAUACAGGAAAACAAAUCAUCCACAAAGUCCAUUGUCUGCCUUUUGUUCCAUUUCGUUGUAGGAAAUCACUCAAGGUAAGGUGAAACACUUCAAAAUGUGAAAAGAGUAUAUAAUAUAUUUAAUAUAAAACUUAUAAGAUAUUGUACAACUGCACCACCGCUGUACAUUUUUGCCAAAAUGUGCACAUGUGCAUUUUUUGUUUACAAUUUAAGCACAUUUUUAUUUUACUCUUUAGGCCGAUGUCUCUUCCUCUAUCUUUAUUUCUCUUUUUGCUUUUUUUUGUAAAGAAUUGAAAUUAAACAUCUUGUACAUUAUUAUGAUUAUUAUUAUAUAACUAUUAUUAUUGGGUUUUUUUUUCCAGCAGUGCUCUUUUAACUGAUGGGUAAAAACAGACAGUUGCACAUUCUCCUGAGCAUACUCUUACUGCGCUACAAUGAGUAAAAAAAAGACCAAAAAAAUUAAAAGAUAAAAAAAAAAAUCCAAACUAUUAAAUAUAUUAAUAAUUACCUGCCUGUUACUUAAGAGAAAAAAAGUAUCUAUACAUGAUGAAAGAACACACCUGUAUACUGUAGACUAAACUGUAUGGAAAUCUAAGAAUUUACUGGGAAAAUAAGUCAACACUUUUUGUCUGUAUAAAAAAAAACAAAGUAUUCUACAAUAAUAACUUUGACCAGUGUC